AUGCCACAUUUUCAGUCCUUUCCAUCCUCCGCACCACCAAUCCCGCCACAACCCGUCCCCGGCUUCCUCUGCCUCCAAGUUCUUCUCCUCUACGAGAAAUGCGGCCACAUCGAAACACUCUUCCUCCACGAGCACCCUUGCACAAAGCAAUACCGUGGCUGGCUUCCCGAGCCUUCGCAAUACGUGCAAGUCAAAGGUUGCCUCAACAUGAAUCGGCACUUUGCCAUAAAACGAGAUCCAUGUGCGAAAUGUAGUGUCCCAGUGCCCGCUGUGAAGAAAGGGUUCUUCAAGAUUUGGGGAAAGAGCAGCGCUCCAGAUGUAGAUGUGAAAGAGAAAGGCGACACUAGGGAGACUUUGCCCAUUCGGGAAGUUAUCAAGAGAAGAAGGGAGUGGAUGUGGGAAGUGGAGAAGCAGGAGAAGUGGAAAUUGAAGAGAGAAGAAGAGAUAGAAAAGUUUAAGAAACAGAGAGGUUGUUGA